UUGGUAAAGAGAAAAACAAAGAAAGAAGUCUAUAUAGAAGAUGUAUGUAUGUAUAUAACUGAAACGAAUGAGCCGAAUGAGUCCAUUGUAUUGAGUCAUCCAUGCGUUGCGUAUAAUAGUUUGAUUUGCUGAACGCAUAAAAUAAUUAUCCGGCACUCGUGAUUCGUGAUUUGCGAUCCGAUACUUUGUACUUUGUACCGGCAAACAGGUUGAUAUAAUAUCAAACAAGGAAAAAAAAAAGAUAGGAAAAAAAAAGCGGAAUUGCGGAAUACCCCAAAAAAAAAGAAAAAAAAACAAAUAUCUAUAGAAAAAAAACAAUAUACGAUAUCAAGUUUAUCUCGUUAGAGAGACUUCAAUUUGACCACAGUUAUCGAAAGGUAUUCGUCAAAGUUAAAACACUUUUGAAAUGGCUCUAAGUCCUGAAGAUCCGAGUUCUUAUGCAAGACCAGAUCUUGCAGUUGUAACUCAUACGCAUCUGGAAUUAAUUGUUGAUUUUGAUCGAAAAGUCCUUGAAGGCAAAGCAAUAUUGCAUAUAGAAAAAAAGACAUCUUCGGCUAAUGAAAUAAUUUUAGAUAACCGCAAACUUGUUAUAUCAAAUACCUCAAAUGCUGUUGAUGGAUCUGGUUUAGAACAUUCCAUAGAAGCUGAUGUUGAAUUUGGAAGUAAAUUGAUUGUUCAAUUACCGCAGACUGUUGGAGAUGAUAAUACUAAGUAUAAAAUUGAGAUUAUGUAUGAAACAUCUCCAGAUGCUACUUCAUUGCAAUGGCUAACAGCUGAGCAAACUGCUGGUGGUAUACAUCCUUAUCUAUUUUCUCAAUGUCAGGCUAUACAUGCUAGAUCCAUGUUUCCUUGCCAGGAUACACCAUCUGUCAAAUCUACAUACUCUGCUAAGAUCUCUAUAUCAAAAGAACUUACAGUUGUAAUGUCAGCACUUUUGGAUAGAGUAUCAGAAAAUUCAGACAAAAAAAUAUAUGAAUUCCAUCAGCCAGUACCGAUACCAUCCUAUUUGGUGGCUAUUGCUGUGGGUGCACUAGUGUCAAAACAGGUUGGUCCUAGAAGUAAAGUAUGGGCUGAAAAAGAAUUCAUUGAUCAAAGUGCAUAUGAGUUUGGAGAAACUGAAACAAUGCUGCAAUUUGCUGAACAAUUGUGUGGUCCUUAUGUUUGGGGCAUGUAUGACAUAUUAGUAUUACCACCGAGUUUCCCAUUUGGUGGAAUGGAGAAUCCUUGUCUGACAUUUGUGACGCCGACCAUACUUGCUGGAGAUCGUUCUUUAGCCAAUGUCAUUGCUCAUGAAAUUUCACACAGUUGGACAGGAAAUUUGGUUACAAAUGCAAACUUUGAACACUUUUGGUUGAACGAAGGUUUCACUAUGUUUGUGGAGAGGAAGAUUAAAGCAAAAAUGUUUAAUGAAAAAUUGAGACAAUUUGAAGCAUUGCAUGGUAUUGAAUGUUUGAGAGAAGAGAUUAAAAAUCUCGGCGAAACCAAUCAACUAACGAACUUGGUACCAAAUUUAAUCGGUGUCGAUCCUGAUGACGCGUUUUCGAUUGUGCCUUAUGAAAAAGGACAUACAUUCCUGUUUUAUCUGGAAGAGCUUUUAGGUGGACCAGAAGUGUUCGAACCAUUUCUAAAAUCUUAUUUGAAUACAUACAAGUACAAAAGUAUAAAGACUGAUAUAUGGAAGGAUUAUUUGUAUCAGUAUUUUUCGGAGAAAGUCGAGUUGCUAAAUUCUGUCGAUUGGGAUACAUGGUUUCAUAAACCAGGUAUGCCACUUGUGAUACCCGAUUACGAUAAAACUUUGACAACCGCGUGUACCGAGUUAGCAAAACGAUGGAUCCAAUGGGACGACAGUACUGCUUCACCUUUCGUCAAGUCGGAUAUAGAGAACUUGUCUCCUGGUCAAAAAGUAACAUUUUUAACCAAUCUAUAUAAAUCAUCUACUGCUUUAUCACUUGAUAAGAUACAAUUGAUGACAUCUACUUAUCAAUUGGACUUGGUGAAGAAUUCUGAAAUACGGUUUAUUUGGUUGCGCUUGUGUAUCAAAAGUCGAUGGGAGCCGAAAGUUUCCGACGCUUUGGACUUUGCCACUGAACAAGGACGCAUGAAAUUUGUUCGCCCCAUAUUUCGAGAUUUAUACGAGUGGCAAGAGAUGCGUCAGCGAGCAAUCGAUGUAUACUUGGAGAAGAAAAAUAGGAUGAUGUAUGUGACUGCACACAUGUUGAGAAAGGAUCUGCAUCUAAAUGAUUGAAAUGAAAUAAAUGGGAUGUUCUGUAAAAUAACACACGAUAUUAAUUUCUUAUAUAUAUGAUUAUGAGAAUACAUCACAAUAUUUCUUUUUAUUAUGUAAAUUGUAAAUAUAAAAAUUGAAAUAAAAUGUAAUUUGCUUGAA